CAUUUUUUUGGUGAAGUCGCCAUCAUCCGCCAUUACAUUUUGGAGUUUGCAUAAAUUGGUCGUUGCACUGUCCGCGUGCCGGAUCCGCAGUAUCUGUGACAUUUGAGUGUUCGUGCGUCUCGCAGCGUUUCGUUAUAACAAAGAGUAGUGACGUUCAAUCGUAUGUCCAUCCAGAAUCUCAACACAUUCGACCCAUUCGCCGAUGCUAUCAAAAGCUCGGAAGACGACGUCCAAGAUGGACUAGUGCACGUCCGGAUCCAGCAGCGGAACGGGCGCAAGACGCUGACGACGGUGCAGGGCCUGUCAUCGGAAUAUGACCUGAAGAAGAUCGUGCGGGCAUGCAAGAAGGAGUUCGCGUGCAACGGAACCGUGGUGGAGCACCCGGAGUACGGCGAGGUGCUGCAGCUGCAGGGCGACCAGCGCGAGAACAUUUGCCAGUGGCUCACUAAGUCGGGGCUCGUCAAGCCCGAGCAGCUCAAGGUGCACGGCUUCUAACAUGUCCGCCGCUGUGACAUCAUAGUUCUUGUAAUGAGUGCGCGCGUUAACUUGUAACCCUAUCGAAUAUGUAUUUAGAAAGUACCGACGUUUACAGAGAGAGCACGUAGGCCGCUCGGCCUCCCGCGCCCUGUGCCUUGUCUCCCACAUUAAUGUAAUAUAAUUAAUAUCGUAUUUUUGAAUAUCGAACGCCGUCUCGUCUGGACAGCUUUAGUUGCAAUUGCUGAACGAAAUAGCCAAUAAAUUGUCAUCUCUUUGUUUUUUUUUACGACUAAUUAAUUAUAAAUUGCUGUAAUAUUAUGAUGUCUCAAUUAUUAAACAUGUUUUUAUAUUA